ACUGGUGUACAAGUGUUUAGUGAGCGGCUCCGUAGUCAGUUAACCGCAGCAGUUUGGAUGAGGAGAAACGCUCUGUGCACUCAGCACGUCGACCACAAAGCCCAACCACGUUUUUUGUGGGACUUUUGACGGGACAUUCACCGUAUAUGUCCCCCUCCUGUUGCUGUUGGGACUUCAGGAGCGGCUUAUGAAGGGCUGACAGGCGGCUUUUUUGUGGCAUGUGAUACGGACAAGAGACUGAGGCGUGUUCACGAUACACGGAUGUGACCGGAGGAAACACAGACAAGGGGCUUUCUCUCAUUUGUCUUUGGGUGUGCGUUCUCCGUGGAUGUGGAUGAAGGACGUGACGGAGCAGCUCUGCCAGUGGUGGGUUUUAGGGAGCUCUUGCUAGCUGUUGAAUGGAAUGAACACCCCGAGAAAAAAAAGCAACAAUAUCCACAAAGGAGCCCAGUGGAUGUGCUCGGAUGCUCUGAUGCAUUCGUAUGUCUCUUUAUAAAUGUGUGUAAUGCAUUUUACUGUUUAAAGUGAGGGCUAAGGUUGGUUAAAACACAAACUCAUUGGGAGAGGAUCAAUUCAGGCGCGGUCAGACAAGCCAACAAUGCGGAUUACCCAUUGACUGUUUGCCUUUGUGUCAACAGACUGGAUAAAGUUGAGAUAACGCCUGCUGUAAGAAUAGCCCUUCUUUACAAAUUAUCCCAUUUUCUCAUCCGAGAAAGGAGGCGAUACGUUGAUCUGAGGGAUAAACCCCACAUGUGCACAGGUUGUUGGUGAAACUGCACAGACUGACAACAGAGCAACAGGGACAACGAUGGCAAACGACUCUGUUCAAAGUGACCCAGGUGGGCUGUCGGUUCUAGAGCAGCUUGGCCUGGACCAGAACUCCGAUUUCUCUGACUCCAGUGUACAGCAGCUUCUGGAUGAGCAGCGUGAAAGGAUCCGAAGGGAGAUCCGCAAGGAGCUGAAGAUCAAGGAGGGUGCAGAGAACCUACGCAGAGCAACCACUGACAAGAGGAACGCUCAACAGGUGGACAGUCAGCUGCGGAGUUCAAACCGCAGACUGGAUGAUCUGCACGCUCAACUGCAGGAACUGGACGCUCACAUUGUGGUGAAAGGAGGGGAUGAGAAUAAAGAUGAGUGUCCUCAGUCUCCCGGGGCCGAGAGCCGAACGUCAGCCCACAAAGAACGCAUCGCUGCCCUGGAGAGGCAGCUCAACAUCGAGCUCAAAGUCAAACAAGGAGUGGAGAAUAUGAUCCCCAUCUACGCUAAUGGGUCCACCAAGGAUAAGAAGAUGCUGCAGACAGCCCAGCAGAUGCUGCAGGACAGUAAGACUAAAAUUGACAUCAUCCGUAUGCAAAUCCGCAAGGCUGUACAGGCCACAGAGCACAAUGACGACACACCGGGUAACCAGGACCUGUGUGGGGUCGAGCUGCGCAUUGAAGAGCUGAGGCAUCACUACAGGGUGGAGCAUGCUGUCGCUGAGGGGGCUAAAAAUGUUCUUCGGCUUCUGGGGGCCAGUAAGGUCCAGGACAAGAAAGCCCUGUCAGAGGCUCAGUCUCGUCUAAGCGAGGCGUCUCAGAGAUUGGACCUGCUGAGGGACUCGUUGGACCAGCGUCUGGCGGAGCUGCCAGAGGACCAUCCCAAGUCCAGCGUCAUCAAAGAGGAGCUGGUCCUGGCUUCGUCACCUGCCUUCAGCUCUCGCCAUGGUGCACCCUAUCUCCACAACCAGUACAGCACCCUUAACAAGCCCUCACCUCUGACUGGUACCUUACAGGUGCAGCUGCUGGGCUGUGUGGGUCUGUUGGAGGUGGUCCCAGGACGCAAUAGAGGCAUAGCAGUUAUGCUGCCAUGUUACAGCCCUGGAGACACCAGGUCCUUCAUGAGGGGCAGCAAAGGACUUUAUGGACGUAGCGGCUCAGUCAGCGGAAAGACGCCUAGCAAAACAGACGAACUCUGCUCUGAGGUGAGUGCAGUAUUAAAGCUGGAUAACACAGUGGUUGGACAGACAGCGUGGAGGACAGUGGGAGAACAGGCCUGGGACCAGACCUUCACUCUGGAGCUGGAGAGGGCGAGGGAGAUGGAGAUCGCUGUUUACUGGAAAGACUACCGCUCUCUGUGUGCUCUGAAGUACGUGAAGCUGGAAGAGUUCCUCGACAACCAGAAACACAGAGUUCAGCUGGAGCUGGAGCCUCAGGGCCUACUGCUGGCUGAGGUGACCUUCUUUAACCCUGUCAUUGAGAGAGUUCCUCGCCUCCAGAGACAGAAGAAGGUGUUUUCUAAGCAGCAAGGAAAGGCAUUCCUCCGGGCUCGACAGAUGAACGUAGAUAUCGGGACAUGGGUGAGGUUGCUUCGAAACGCCAUUCCUACAGUCAACAACUCAGGAACCUACAGUCCCAACGCACACAGCCUAACACUCAACACUGGGGAGAUCUCUGUGGAGAAGUUGAGUCUGGACAGCGACUCUCCAAUAAGAGGCGAUUACAAGAGAGACGUGGAAACACACACUCCGGACCGACUGCAAGUCAUUGAGCCUUUCUCCCCCCCAGACCUCACCCCCGAGUGCCCCGUUCAAACCCCAUCUGUCAGCAGUAAGCAGAAGAAAGGUCCUCUGUCCCUCCAGGACUUCAGGCUCAUAGCUGUGCUCGGCAGAGGACACUUUGGGAAGGUGUUGUUGUCAGAAUACAAGAAAACAGGAACAAUGUACGCCAUCAAGGCACUAAAGAAAGGGGAUAUCGUUGCUCGGGAUGAGGUCGAAAGUCUGAUGUGCGAGAAGCGCAUCUUUGAGAUCGUCAAUAUGUCUCACCAUCCAUUCCUGGUCAACCUCUUUGCAUGUUUCCAGACGCCAGAGCAUGUGUGUUUUGUUAUGGAGUACACAGCUGGAGGUGACCUGAUGAUGCACAUUCACACAGACGUCUUCACAGAACCACGAGCUGUGUUUUAUGCAGCCUGUGUGGUUCUAGGACUUCAGUUUCUCCACGACCAUAAGAUUGUGUACAGAGACCUGAAGCUCGACAACCUGCUGCUAGACACAGAUGGUUAUGUAAAAAUCGCUGACUUCGGACUGUGUAAAGAAGGAAUGGGUUAUGGAGACAGGACCAGCACUUUCUGUGGGACUCCAGAGUUUUUGGCCCCUGAGGUCCUAACAGACACAUCGUACACCAGAGCUGUAGACUGGUGGGGGCUGGGGGUCCUCAUCUAUGAAAUGUUGGUGGGAGAGUCUCCGUUCCCAGGAGACGAUGAGGAGGAGGUGUUUGACAGCAUUGUGAAUGAUGAAGUCCGCUACCCACGCUUCCUCACCACUGAAGCUAUUGGCAUCAUGAGAAGACUGUUACGGAGGAACCCAGAGAGGCGACUGGGUUCUGGUGAGAAGGAUGCAGAGGAGGUGAAGAAGCAGCCAUUUUUCAGGAAUGUGGACUGGGAGGCCCUGCUCCAAAGGAAAGUGCCCCCGCCCUUCGUUCCCUCCAUCGGCGGCAAGGAGGACGUCAGCAACUUUGAUGAGGAGUUCACCACCGAACCACCGACCCUCACGCCGCCACGUGAGCCGCGCAUGCUCUCCCGCAAAGACCAGGAGAGCUUCAGAGACUUUGACUAUGUCUCUGACCUCUGCUAGUGGGCCAGGAGCUCGCAGACCUCAAGGAAUGUUUGACUUACGAAGGCUUCAGAACGUCUGUUUGGAGCAGAUUGAUCGUCACGUCUGACUGUUUGUCUACGUUACUUACACUGUGAAUGAAUGCGCAGACUGAAGUGUUUUGUGUGACUGUGAAGACUGUGGAAAAUAAAAUAUCAUGUUAAAAAAACAACAACUUUAAAUUGAAGAAACAAAAGGUAAAUGUGCGACAUUCGAUGCACCCCCUGUCCAAUCAUUGUAGACAUAAUGUGUUUUUUAACGAACAUUAGCCUUUAAAACACUUCUCCUUUGUGUCACCUGUGCAGCUGUGAAGGAGGAGCUCGCUGUAUCUUCGUACUGUUUGGGAACCGAUCGACGGUCUCUCAUACCGAUGCCUUACAUUUGUACUUGUACUGAUUCACAGAGGACCAUCUUGUUUUUUAUUUUGUGGCCCUUUGUGUACAGCAGCACCUCCAUGAAAGAUUUGUACUGGGAAACAACCUUAGCAUUCAAGCAAAGUGUGAGAGGACUACAGGGUGAAGAACCACUGUGUUGUUUUUAUUGCAGUUAAUUCUACCAAAAGCUCUGUGACAACUUCUACCAAUUAAUUUGUUGUUUGGGUUUUAAUCUUUGUGAUUUAAAUCCCACAAUAGCAACUUAAAAUUAUACAUUUGGCCUUAAACAGAAUUAUUAUUGAGAUGUAAUUAGUUCUCAAGCAGACACUGAACCAUCAGCACUAAUAUGACAUGGAGGUUAUUAUUUGAUUUAAACUGAAGAAAUCAUAACACUAAAACUACACAGGAAGCAUCAGAAAACAGUUUUACAGACACAAAGUAAGCAGAUGAUAUAUCUGUCUGGUUUUCAGAAUUUAAUCCACCUCAGUGGAAUAAAUCUGUAAUCGGUUUCAGUUUCCAUCAUCUGUUCCAGUAAAAACUGGCCGAUAUCUUAGAAAAGCUUCGUCAACAACCAAACAUGGAUCAUUAGUCUUUUAUCCAAUCAGAGUUUACUGCUGUCACGUUGCUGCACUCCCUUGACAAUACAUUUCACAAUAAAUAAUAUCAUUCGAAGGAAGUUGAUCAAAUGGAAAAAGUAUGAACUACUAGUGUAAGUUGUAGUAGCCCAUAAAGUUGAGGACCAUCACCAUCUCUGAGAACAGGAGGGUUUUGUUGUGAAGCUGUAUGUACGGUGGUGUGGAUUUGACUUAUUUUAUGUACAACAAUACAAAACCCUGUGUGUGUGUAUGAUGUAUUUUAUAAAAAACAAAACAAAACUGGAGUGAA